GCAUUUGAUUUUUCUUCCUUUCUGCGAUUAUUUUUUCGCCAUGGCUUCUGGGAAAAAGCAGCAGAGCGCCCGAGGUGGCAAGAAGAAGAAGCAGAUUCUUAAGUUCACUUUGGACUGCACUCAUCCCGUUGAGGAUGGCAUUAUGGACGCAGCCAAUUUUGAACAGUUCCUACAGGAGCGCAUCAAAGUGAAUGGCAAAGCAGGAAACCUCGGAGGUGGACUUGUGACCAUUGAGAGGAGUAAGAGCAAGAUCACUGUAUCCUCUGAAGUCCCCUUCUCCAAGAGAUACCUGAAAUAUCUGACCAAGAAAUAUUUGAAGAAGAACAACCUUAGAGACUGGUUGCGUGUUGUAGCUAACACCAAGGAAAGCUACGAACUACGCUACUUCCAGAUCAACCAAGAUGAGGAGGAAGAGGAAGAUGAGGAUUAAACUGUUUGUUUUUAUUUUGUAUAUUUGAAUAAAUUUUCAAUAUUCUGGA